UUCGGUUUUUCAUGAUAGAAAAUAAAAAGGGAAUCGUCAAAAGAUUUAAAAGGUGGAUCGACGACAAGGGAAGAGGCCACUGCCGUCCGAUGAUGAAUCGGAGGAAAAAGUGGGAGCUGCUGCUGCAGAUCAUCAGUUCCACACGGGUAGGUCUCAACAAGAAACUAACGCCAUGGUUCAGACCCUAGCUCGAGUUAUUGCAAACGAUAACAAUCCACUACUUGUUCAACUUCAUCAUCAGAAUCAACACCAAGAAACUCGACCUCAAGGAAAGGUGAGGAGGAUGCAUUAUAGAGGCGUUAGGCAACGGCCAUGGGGCAAAUGGGCGGCUGAAAUAAGAGAUCCGAACAAGGCUGCUCGCGUUUGGCUCGGAACCUUCGCAACAGCUGAAGCGGCCGCCUUGGCUUACGAUGAGGCAGCCCUUAGGUUUAGAGGAAGCAAAGCAAAGCUUAACUUCCCUGAAAGAGUUUAUCGAACAUCCGAAUCCGGUCGUCUCACAACUAGCCAUGAAGUCGAAGCAGAGGUGGUGGCGCCGCCGCCAGCUUUACUUCCUUCUCCUUCGCCACUUUCUCAAUAUCCCUGUAUAUCCGGUCAGUACGCACGGGCACAGGCAGAGCUUCUUGGAGGUGGAAGCAAUGGUUUAAACUAUUGUUUACCAGGCGGUGGCUAUGGUGGAGCAGUCACCACAGCUUUCACUUUACACUCCACAACCCAGUCUUCAUCUUCCUCAACGUUAACUUCUUCAUCUGCCUACGGUGGUUCAUCUCCAACUCCGAGUUUGGAUCCUCCUAAACAUUCGAUAGAGUAUUAUGAUUAUUACUAUACUAGAUAAUAG